AGGAGCCUCACCCAGCAGCUCUCAGCUGAGGACUGUCACUCGCUCCCCUGACAUCACUGACACACAGCUGGAGAAGCAGCACGACAACAUCAUGAGAAUUACACUAAUUCCCCUACUGUUUCUCCUGGCUGCUGCUUGUGUCCCUGUCCUCUGUGGCAGAGAGGAACAGCCUGUCCUCCAGCCAAACGCCUCAAUUGAAACCCGUUCCCGCUUUGCAGGUCUGGAUGAUGUGCGUCUCCUGGCAAACGGUCUCCUCCAGUUGGGUCAGAGUCUGCGGGAGUUUGUCCAAAAGACAAAGGGGCAGAUAAAUGACAUCUUCCAGAAGCUCAACAUUUUUGACCGCUCGUUUUACCAGCUGUCAGUGCUCGCCAGUGAAAUCAAAGAGGAGGAAGAAGAGCUGAAGAAAACCACUGUAGUACUGAAGGCCAACAACGAAGAGAUCAAGGGCAUGUCUGCUGAGAUCAGCUCCAAAGUGGACAGCAUCCUGCAGGAGAAGGGUAGCCUGCAGAACAAGCUGGAUGGGCUGGAGCAGAAGCUGAGCAGUCUGUCACACGGCCUGGUGACGAGUGAACAAGCAGCAGAGAUUCAUGGCCUUAGGGAAGUGAUCCAAACCCAGGAGCAAAGCAUUACAGAGCUGCUGAAGGCUGUGAGGGAGCAGAGUGACCAGCUGAACCACCAGAGGCUUAAGAUCAAGAUUCUGGAGGAGAAGUUUUCAGCUAACACACUGACCCAAGAGACCAUUAACAGGAUUCCCGAAAUCUUCAACAGUGAAGCACCAACACUGACCCCUUAUCUGACCUCAAGCUCCACUAAAAUAAUAAAUCUGCCACCAGACUGCAGUGAGCUGUUUAACAGAGGGGAACGAGUCAGCGGCGUCUAUGCCAUCAGGCCCAACGGAACUGAGCCAUUCAUGGCCUUUUGUGACAUGAGCAAAGACCAUGGAGCAACAGUCAUCCAGAGAAGAAGAGAUGGUUCAGUGAAUUUUGAUCAAACCUGGGAGAAGUAUGAAAAUGGGUUUGGAGAUUUUCAAGGGGAGUUUUGGCUGGGUCUCAAGAAGAUCCACUCACUAGCCACUCAGGGCAAUUCUGUCCUUCACAUUCAGUUUGAGGACUGGAAACAGGGCAGGCGCUACAUCGAAUACAGAUUUAACCUUAAUGGUCCAGAGAGUAACUACACCAUUCAUCUCACGCAUCUGUCUGGAGAUUUGGCAGACCCCAUGAGCAACCACACAGGCAUGAUGUUCUCCACCAAGGACAGGGACAACGACAACCACUGGGACUCCAACUGUGCCCACAUCUACACAGGUGGAUGGUGGUUCAACGCCUGCGGGGAUGGCAACCUCAAUGGGAGAUAUUUCCAAAUGAGACCUAAGGGGCGUUCAGAACGUAGGAGAGGAAUUCAGUGGAGGCUGGGCCAAAAGUUCUACUCCCUUAAACUCAGCCAGAUCUCUGUCCAUCCUGAAGUUUCCCCCAGCAUGAGCUCCUCCACUUCAGGUUCCUCUGAGGCAGGUGUUUUUCAGUGAUCCAAUACCAACAUCCUCCAGUGAAAAUACUGAAUUGAACAGUGGCCUCUUCAGGAGAGUCUCUGCAAUGCUCCACAUGGGCAGAUAAGAAGGCCUGAGCAGAGAGAAGAUGUUUAAGUGUUAAGAACUGUUGUUGAAAGGUUAAGCCGACAGAAUGUAUUGCUGCCAUCGCUAGGGUAGUCUUUGACAUAACAGAACACUUAUAUAUAUGUAACAAAAGACUUUCACAAAGAUAUUGUGAAAUUUUAAAUGUACUGAAAUGCAGUUAGCAGUUAGCAUAAACUAUAUCAUCACUGAUUGUGUCUCAGAGGUCAAAGGUUAUUGAGAAGAUAUUAGAACAGAUAUUAGAGCCGUAUAUGAGCAGUUCUUAAAUUGGGUCACAUUGACUCUCAGUGUCUCUCACAAGAUACCUUUAAGGACAUCCUAAGUAGACAUGGCUUAAUUUUAAAGGGGUUAAAGUCAGUGUAAAGUAAGAAUAAAUAGUGUUGUGAGUUUGUCAGACCAAAGAAGAAAGUGUUAUUAACCACCCAGCCAAAUUUGAAUGCUUAAAAAUAUCAACAUGUUUAUGAAAUUAGGUUUCAAAAUCAGGUAAAAACGAGCAGUAGUCUCAGCUCCAGGAGCAGCCAAGCAGCAAUUUUGAAGCGACUGAAACGUGUCAGAUGAGUUCAGAAAAUCACAUGACUAAUUUUGAACUCUCUCUAUAACUAUAUAACUUUGAACUCUGAACAAUAUUAAUUAAUCUCCGUUUCUCUGCUGGGGUGCAGGGGUAUGCUCAGGGUGGCCUCAGCGUGUCAUCAAGCCACCCUUUAGGACCGCCCCAAAAAUCCUGGACUAAAAACUGGUGAAAAACUUUUUAACGUUUUAACCUCUAACUCCACAUUUCAGUAAUAUAUUGUUCAAAGUUUUUUCACAUGUUUUCACAACUAUUUACAACAUAUUUAAUGUAUUUUGAAAGAAAUCUCUGCUCUAGACAACAUUCAGCUUUAUUUUACAUACUUUAUUUUUAUAUUAUAUAUUUGCUAUGUUUUAUCAAUCUUAAUAAAUAAAUGUGUGCUUG